AUGGAUCUGACUUCUACUCACAGCGACUUCGCCAACCAGGGUAUCAUCACGAAAUGCCAGAAAGUCGACAAGGAAGGUCAGCGUACUUUAGGCAUCAUUACCAAGCCCGAUUACCUGAAGACAGCUGCAAGCGAGAGCUUGUGGGUCAAUCUCGCGCAGAACAAGAACAUAUACUUUGAGCUCGGCUGGCACAUGCUGGAGAAGAGGUCUGAGGAUGAGAUGGACAGCUCGUUAGAGCAGCGUAACAAGGCGGAAGAAGCAUUCUUUGCCAAGGGUAAGUACCGUGACCUCGCCGCACACAACAAAGGUAUCACUACUCUGCGCACGCGCCUCGCCCAACUCCUCUAUCGCCACCUGAAGAAGGAACUACCGCAGCUCCAGACCGAUCUCAGCAGCAAGUACGAGCAGACUCUGGCUGGCUUGCAGCAUCUUGGCCUCAAGCGCUCUACUGCUACCGAGCAGAAGCGCUUCCUCAUGGCCGUCACCACGGAGUACCAAGCCACAGUCAAUGGCGCAGCUGAGGGUCAUUACGCUCUUCCCUUCUUCGGCUCCAUUGACACGACCAAAGGCUUCGAAGACGCCGGCAAUAUGCGUCGUCUUCGUGCAGCAGUACCACAUCUCAACCUGCAAUUCGCUGGGCAAAUGCGUCAGGGGGGUCACAAGUUCCGUGUUCAAUCAAGCGAUGGCACUUCUGGCCCAAACACUAUGGAUGAGAGGGAGCCAGACCUCAUGGACGAAUAUGCCGAAGCAAAGUCUCUACAGCGUUCAAUGUCCCGCAAGGACACCGUGGAGUGGGUCAAGGAGCUUCUCGUCCGUACUCGUGGUCGAGAGCUGCCAGGCAACUUCAACCCGCUUCUGAUGUCUCAGCUGUUCGGGGCAAUCCAAGCAUUGGGAGGAGUUGGCCAUGGCACAUAUCAACCGGAUCCAUGUUCUGUGCCGCACAUUCGUCUACGCUGCUAUGGACAAGGUCGUCAUCGAGGAGAUCGCUCGUCUUCUCAAGCAGCUCAAGCUCGAUGCUGCUUUGAAGGAGCGCCUCGACAGUGCGAUACAGGAGCUCGGCACGAUUAUCGUUGA